AUGGGAAUAAAGUUUCUCGACUUCGUCAAGCCUUUCUGCGGCUUCGUGCCCGAGGUUUCAAAGCCGGAACGCAAGAUCGCCUUCCGUGAAAAGAUGCUAUGGACCGCCAUAACCCUUUUCAUCUUCUUGGUCUGCUGUCAAAUCCCACUUUUCGGAAUUAUGUCGACGGAUUCAGCUGAUCCAUUCUACUGGCUUCGAGUGAUUCUUGCCUCGAAUCGAGGAACAUUGAUGGAGCUCGGAAUCUCGCCAAUUGUAACUUCGGGACUUAUCAUGCAACUGCUCGCCGGCGCCAAGAUCAUUGAAGUUGGUGACACCCCAAAGGAUCGAGCACUGUUCAAUGGAGCACAAAAACUCUUCGGAAUGGUGAUCACUGUUGGUCAGGCUAUUGUUUACGUGCUCAGUGGACUUUAUGGUGAACCGUCGGAAAUCGGAGCUGGAAUUUGUCUGUUGAUUGUCGUCCAAUUGGUUGUUGCUGGAUUGAUCGUUCUUCUUCUUGACGAGCUUCUUCAGAAAGGGUAUGGACUUGGAUCUGGUAUCUCGCUUUUCAUCGCCACAAACAUCUGCGAAACAAUUGUUUGGAAAGCCUUUUCACCUGCGACAAUGAACACCGGACGUGGAACUGAAUUCGAAGGAGCAGUCAUUGCCUUGUUUCAUCUCCUUGCCACCCGCAACGACAAAGUUCGUGCACUUCGCGAGGCUUUCUACCGACAAAAUCUCCCCAACUUGAUGAACUUGAUGGCUACCGUUUUGGUGUUCGCUGUUGUGAUCUACUUCCAGGGCUUCCGUGUGGAUCUCCCUAUCAAAUCUUCGCGCUACCGUGGACAAUACUCGAGCUACCCAAUCAAACUUUUCUACACCUCGAACAUUCCAAUCAUCCUUCAAUCAGCUCUUGUCUCCAACUUGUACGUCAUCUCUCAGAUGCUUUCUGCAAAGUUCGGUGGCAACAUCUUGGUGAAUAUUCUUGGAACCUGGUCUGAUGCUUCUGGAACCUAUCGCAGCUACCCCACUGGAGGAUUGUGCUAUUAUCUUUCACCGCCUGAUAGCCUUACCGCUGUUCUUGACGAUCCUUUCCACUGCAUCAUUUACAUCGUUUUCAUGCUCGGAUCAUGCGCUUUCUUCUCAAAGACGUGGAUUGAUGUGUCUGGAAGCUCUGCCAAGGAUGUGGCCAAGCAAUUGAAAGAACAACAAAUGAUCAUGCGAGGACACCGAGAGAAAUCAAUGAUUCACGAGCUCAACCGGUACAUUCCUACUGCCGCUGCUUUUGGAGGUCUUUGCAUUGGAGCCCUUUCUGUGACUGCCGACUUUAUGGGCGCCAUCGGAUCUGGAACCGGAAUCUUGCUGGCCGUUACAAUCAUCUAUCAAUACUUCGAGAUUUUCGUGAAAGAACAACAAGAAAUGGGCGGUGUAGCUGGAAUGUUCUUC